AUGCUUGUCACACAAACGUGCUCUGUGAUUGGCUGAACUACUUCCCGUUUCCCGUCGUGCACACACACGUGAAGGUCAGCAAUAAAGCCAUUAAGCAUUUACAGUUUGCAAAAUAUUACUAGUACGACCUCUUUAUAAGCAAGUAUGGACAGCCAGGGAGCGACAGCUGACCCUCAGCUUCAGCAGUUCAUCGAAAUCGAGUCUCAGAAACAACGAUUUCAGCAGCUGGUGCAUCAAAUGACGGAGGUCUGCUGGGAGAAGUGUAUGGAUAAACCCGGGCCGAAGCUGGACUCGAGGACGGAAGCGUGCUUUGUUAACUGCGUGGAGCGAUUCAUCGACACCAGCCAGUUCAUCUUAAACAGACUGGAACAGACUCAGAGGAGCCGGGGGUCGUUCUCAGAGACCAUGUCAGACUAAAAACUGUCUCUCAGAGCGCUAACGAGGCACACGGGCACUGCUCUGAGAGGGACCGUACCUCUGACCCUGCUGUCUGUACAGUACCUUGAAG